UGAUGAUUGAUGAUGAUGAUGCUAUCAAACUGUCUCCAAAAGCCAAGGAAAGGCGCAAGAGAAAAGAAUAACGACAAUGUUUUUGUUUACAUGCGGUUAUUAAGAGACAAGACAAGUUUGAGGCUCAGCUGCAAAGAAGGAAUUGGGGGCAAAAAACGUCAUUUCUUGACUGUUUCCCUUUUGUUUUAAUCUCUUCUCUUUUGCGAGCGUGUGUUGCGUUCAAAGGGUCGUUAUGACACAAUGACCUAGUCAGGGACACACACACACAAUAGUCAGAUGAGAAUGAAAUCGAAAAUGUAUUGGCUGCGUCGCCCUUUUUAUAUAAACGCUUGAUUCCCAUCAUUUCCCCCCCAUCCCCAAUUUCUUUUUCCUUGCAGCUCUACUCUGCAAAACAAGCAACACAUACACGCAACUGUUUUUAUUAUUUGUUGUUUAUUCUUUACAACAGCAGCAGCAGCAGCAGCAGCAGCAGCAAGUCCUCUCUGACUCUGUUCUGCGCAAUCACUACAUUCGACGAUUAGAGACAGCUGUCCUAUUCUGCCAGACAAUCCUCUCAACAAAUGGACCCCGUUUCCUUAGAAAGGGAGACGACCUACGUACUUCCCGCCGAUCAAGCGGACGAGACGGAGCUUCGUCAUCGUCACCUUCGUCGUCCAGAUGAACCCGUCAUCGCCACUGCUCCUCUAAGCACAAAGUUUGUUCCCAUCACGACACCUGUGGUACCGUUGAGAGAGGUGCCGGAUACCCCUCUUGAGGAGCUCCCUGGAGACUUUCCUGAAUCAGCGGAUGCAUAUUCGUCUGACGAAGAACCAACCCUUACAGAUGUAGCAAAAGACGCUGCAGCUGGCGUUCGUAGCGCUGUUGGAACCAUUGCCUCGGCUGCGACUUCUUUCCUCAGCAAUGCCGCUCGGCGUGUGUCAAGGUCUGCUCCCUCACCAGAUACAACAUCCAACGUCUCUGCAACCGGCACUCCAGUAUACGGAGAAGGCAGCGUUGCUCGUGCCGCCGAUCAUCCCACCGCUGCCCGUGCGGGUGAAACUACAGGCGAUGUGAUCGGGUCGGUUGCUGGAACUGUUGCGGCUGCCGCUACAAAGGCCAAGGACGUGGCUGCCAACGUUUACAACAAGGCUGCAUCAGCCGUCCAGCCUCAAGAGACCGAGACUUUUGCGACCACGGCACCCGUCACUACCCAACCACAAGUGGUCACUACGAGUACUCCCGUAACAUUUAUCAGCCCAGUUCGGGAGGCAGAACAGCAACCCGUGGAUACCACCGCCAGAAAUGCCGGUGCUGAAAUUCGGGACGCGACAGCUGACGCUUACAACCGUGCAAGCGAAAACGCCAGUCAAAACAUUUCCGCCACUGCUGAACAAGCAAAGCAAAAGACUGGCGAGGUCAUCCAAGCGACAAAGGAUACUGCAAACCAAGUUUAUGAACGAGCUGUCGAGACGACCCAGCAGGUGUCGGGCAAGGCUUCCGAAGCCUACGGCGCCGGUAAAGAGACUGCUUCCGCAUCGUACAGUGAUUCGUAUCAACAAGCAGCGGAGCGAACGGCAAACCUCCCGACGACUAUCAAGCAGACCGCUCAAUCAGCUGUCAACACUGUUGAAUCCGUCGUCGAGUCAGCGUACGCCAAGGUUGCUCCUACCAUUGGAGCCCCUGACGUGGAAACCGCGAAACAAAGUCUGUCGCACGCAGCGGAAUCGACAGUCAAUGCGCUGCGCCCGGAAACCAUCAAGGCUAACGCCCAGCAAGCAGCCACCAAGGCAAAAGAGCUGGCAACGACUGCAGAGAUUAUAGCCGAAGAUGCAGCACACAAGACCGCAGCCGGUGCCCAAGUUGUGUACGGAAAGACCGCUGAGACUGGUCGCGCCGUCUACGACAAAACUGCUGAAACCGGCCGAAAAGUCUACGGUACUACGAGUGAAGUCGUUUCCCCUGCUGUCCAGGUCACUCGUGAAAGCACAAUAGCGUCAUACAACCAAUCCGAAGCGGCCACUCGCCAAGUUUUGGAAAACCUUGGAGAGAAGGCUGUCGAAUACGGUACGACGGCGAAAGUCCUGGCUACAGACGCCCUUCACAAGGUUGAGGAAGUUGGUGCAGCCGUCAUCCACAAGACCGUGGACGUGGCCCACACUGUCGAACAAGUCGGAGCAAACACCCUUCAUCUCACUGUGGAUGCUGCCCACGCUACUGCCCAAAAGACGGGAGAGUUGGCUGGAAGUGCUGCUCAAACCGCGUCAGUAGCUUCGCAUCGUGCAAUCGAAGCUACCGCUCCCGUCGUCUCUGUCGCCUCCACUGUCGCUCACAAAGCCGCUGAUACCACCUCUGCGGUCGGACACGGUGUCUACAAUGCGGCUGCAACUGUCGGUUCCGGAGUUUACAACGCCGCUGCAGGUGCAACCCAGGCUGUUGGACAGGGUGUAAGCCGUGUGGCCACAGGCACCUACAACGUUGCUGCGGGAGCUACCCGUGCUGUGGGUCAGGGUGUCUCUACGGUUGCCUCGGGCACGUACAAUGCAGCAGCUGGUGCAACUCAUGCCGUUGCUGAAGGUGCCUCCAAUGUUGCAUCAGGAACGUAUAACGCUGCUGCAGGAGCUACUCGUGCAGUGGGCCACGGAGUCUCUACGGUUGCCUCGGGUACAUACAAUGCGGCCGCUGGUGCAACUCACGCAGUUGCUGAGGGGGCUUCCAACGCUGCAUCCGGGACAUACAAUGCUGCUGCGGGAGCUACUCGUGCAGUUACCGAAGGUGCUUCCAAUGUUGCUGCUGGCACGUACAACGCUGCAGCGGGUGCAUCCAAUGCAGUAGCUCAAGGUGCUUCCAACGCUGCAACUGCAGCAAAGGAUACUGCCGUGCAUGCUGCCGAUGUGGCAGGUCCUCCUGCUCAAGGUGUUGCCUCCAAAGUCGUCGAUACCGCCAAAGCCGCUACUGCGUCUGUUGCCGCAAUUCCAAGCGCUGUUGGUCAUGGAGUUGUCAAUGCUGCGAGUGCUGUCGGGCACACUGUUGGCUCCGUUGUCACGUCUACUGCUCAAACAGUCGCUGCGAUUCCGUCGGCCGUGGGUCAUGGCAUUACGUCUACCGCUCAGACCGUCGUUGCGAUUCCAUCAGCCGUGGGUCACGGCAUCAGCAAUGCUGUAUCUAAUGUAUCAUCUGGUGUUGUAGCUGCUGGCCAAACCGCUACUGAAGUUGGAUCUACCGCGGUUAACAAAGCCUUGGAGCUUCCUAGUGCAGCUACUCAAACAGCAUCGAACCUAGCUAGUCGCGUGGCAUCCGUUCUACCUGGAGCAUCGAAGCCAGCCGAAGAAGAAGUAAAAGAAAUCGCCCUUCCCGAGACAGGCGCCAUUAUUCCGACUGAAUACCACCAAGGUGCCCUUCCUCUGGCCGAAGGCCCGGCAGAAGCUGAACCGACACCUCUGGAAGAUAUUGUCUACGCAGAAGAGGUCGAACGUCAACGUCGUGACCGCCCCGGAGCGACCGGCCGCCAAUAUUAUGAGCACUCUCACCAGGAAGCUCGUGCCUUUGCCGAAGGCAUUCGAGUUCACCUGGGUGAAGGUGGAUCGAUUCCGGCACUCAAUGUGCCUCGUCGUGAACUGAUCCGUGAAGCCGAAAACGCCGAACGCGAGGAAAGGGUUCAGGCUGAGCGAAUCCAGCGCUCCGUGGCCUCUCAACAGGCGAGGGCCUUCUCAGAGGGGUUGAGUGAAGCUGGUGCAGAUGCCAGCCGAGGCCAUUCCGCCGCUGACAUUGCAAGGUUGAGGCAAUUGGACACUGCCAUUGAACAAGAACGCGAAGCUCGGGUAGAGAGCAUGAGUCCAAACGCAGCUAGGGAUGUGGCUUUAGCUGUCAAGGAAGGAAUUGUUGAAGGCGCAGACGAGUCGAACAGUGCUGUCCAUGUGGCUCGCCGCGAACUGUCUCGCAUGGCAGAGGAAACGGCGCGCGAUGAGCGUACAUCCGGUCCGCAGCUCGAAACCCAGCAGACUGCCGAAAAAGUUGCCUCCCUGUUCCAAGCGGGCAUUUCCGGUAGUACAAUCAACCCCGCGACAGAUGUUGCUAAAAAGGGUCAGAUUCGUGAGGCAGAAGACCAAGAACGUGAGGAACGUGUCCAAGAAGGGUGGAAGCAUCAACCUCAUGCGCAUGAUGAAGCCAGGGUUGUGCGCGAGGGACUCGAAAAGGGUGUAGAGCUUAACCCUGUUGUCGGCGGUUCCUACAAGCUCAAUGAAUCCCGUAAGGCAGAGGAAGCUGAGCGCAACCGCCGCCUCCGCGAACAAGAGACCUGCCCUACAAGCGGCACAAACUCUGCCGAAGCACUCCGCCAUGGCCUCCAGGAAAUGGAGGGCGCCGUGGAGAGACCAUUGGCUCUCAACAUUGCUGAACGUGAGAUUCGCAAAAGCCAAGAAGAAGACGAACGUCAAGAUCGCAUCCAGUCCAACGAUUCCCUACGUGCUUCUGGAUCACCUACUCAAGUAGCUUUUGCCCUUCGUGCUGGACUUCUCCGUGAUGAUAAUGCAGCUAUCGACCUUGCCCGCUCGACUGCCGAGCGCGAUGGAAUUAGCGACCCUUUGAAUGGCAAAUCUGGUGUUGGCAUCACUCCCUCUGGAGUACACAAGUCCACCCAUCACGGUCACAUCCCGACCAUCUUUGAGCAAUCCAAGGGUGAAAGCCGCAAUGUGCUUGUCCCUGGUCCCACUGUCGCUUUUCAAGAUUGGGGCUCUCGUCCUCUUCCUGAGGGCAGUCUUUUGGGACAAUCUAGUCUCCCGGUCGGAGGCGUUACAGACCAAACCAUUCCGCCAAGCAGCAGCGAACUAACAGAAGAAACAGGUGGAAGACGCUCACCCCCUCCUACACCUCAACCAACCCAACAAGAAUCGGCAACACCCUUCCCUCUCCCAAUUUCAAAAGACAUUCCCGAAUCCUCUCCGACCCAAGAUCGCCCACCCACCCCCUCCCGCUCUGAAUCCGUUCUCAUUCACGAAGCACCCGCAACCACCACUGCGGAACAAGAAGAUUCCGUCGGUCUUGAAACUAUCCGCCCUCGCCCAUCUGAUGAUCCUAACGCUCUGACUGUCCCGACACCUCCACCCAAAGACGAGCAACCCCGGAAUCGUACCAGCGAUGACGGGAGCGUCUCGUCUACAGGAAGUCGAAGGUUCAGCGGAGAGAAACCCAACAAGCUUCAUGGAAAAAUUGAAAAGGCUAUUGGAAGGAUUGAGACAAGUUUGGGAAAAGUGAUUCAUAAUGAGCAUUUGAUUGCGGAAGGUAGGGAACGGCGGGCUGCUGGGGCUGCUGAGGUGGCUUUGGCCAAAGAACGGAGGUUGAGUGGAAGUCAUUCGCCCACUCCUCCAUGAAUAUGAUGUGGGGUUAUGAGCUUGGUUGUUGUGGGUCAUGUAUCGGUCAUUUAAACAACAUGUUUUGGCUUUUCUUUGCUUUUUUUGAUGGUGUACAUAAAGAGAAAUUCAUUUGAUAAAAUCCUGUCGUAUUG